CCUGUUUCAUCUAUAAUACUCUUCCUCCACCUCUCAGCUAGCUGAGCUAUUUUUCACCCAAGAUCAAUUGAUACCCCCUUAAACCUGUAUACCCCAUAGAUUUUGGUCCAAAUAAUCGGUCAAUAUGUCGGUCGAGCAAAACCCUACCUUGGAGAAGGACAUCGGUCCCGAGACCGAGAGCAACGGAACUGCUCCCCUCAGGCACGAGAUGACUGCGGAGGAGACUGCUCGGGCUGCUGCGCGCUUCGGCUAUGGUCCGAUGGCUCACGUCAACACCGCCGAGGCCAACUUGCGUCCCUUCGGAGGAGAGUUCCAGCCCGGUCUGUACAAGUCGGUCGAAGGCCGCAAGUUCGCCAACCCAGCUCCUCUGGGUCUCUGCGCUUUCGCCCUCACCACUUUCGUCCUGAGCGCGGUCAACAUGGGAACUCGGGGUAUCUCCGCGCCCAACAUCGUCGUCGGCCUGGCCUUUGGAUAUGGUGGUCUCGUUCAGCUGCUUGCUGGCAUGUGGGAAAUGGCGGUUGGAAAUACUUUUGGUGCCACUGCUCUGUCGUCUUAUGGUGGUUUCUGGAUCUCCUUCGCGAUCAUUCUGACUCCCGGUGGAUUCGACAUCGAGUCUGCGAUUGAAUCGGCUGGCGGUGCUUCGAUGUUCUACAACUCGAUGGGUCUCUUCCUCAUGGGCUGGUUCAUCUUCACCACCAUCAUGCUGUUCUGCACCCUGCGCUCGACCGUUGCUUUCUUCCUGCUGUUCUUUUUCCUGGACUUGACCUUCUUGCUCCUGGGUAUUGGAUAUCUGCAGCGCAACGAUACCAAUGAGGUCAACACCCCUGUCAUCAAGGCUGGUGGCUUUUUCGGCUUCCUGGCUGCCUUCGCUGCUUGGUACAACGCCUUGGCGGGUAUUGCCGACAGCAGCAACAGCUUCUUCAUCAUCCCGGUCGCCCACUUCCCGUGGUCUCCGACCGGUCGUUCUCGCCAGAAGACUGCUCGCGAGACGGUCUAAGGGGGUGCAGCACUCGACCGUCCUGUUUAGCGAUUGGUUCGAGCUGUCGGCCUCCGCACGGGGAUGUUGUCCGGUACAUUAAUUGUUUUUGUUGCUGUUGUUGAUUC